CUUUAUCACAAACCACUAGGUCAAUGAAGAAAUUCCUUGGCCUUACCAAGCCUUUGGACGAUGACCAUAUGGAAAACCGGCAUCGAUUUCGAUGGUCAUGGCGACCCAGGCAGUUCUCCUCAAGAAGAAGGACGAAAUCCUUUGCUGUUCCCACUGAGCCUUCUACCCCCGAAAAGGGCUUAUUGCCCAUUCGAACAAAUCCAGAGCAAGCCUUACGCCAUCCACUGGGCGGCGCUAUCGAUUCACGUAAUGCAGUACAGAUGGGAACGCAUGAUAUUUCAGUACCAGUCGGUAACCAUCCACUUGCUAUACCAAAGGAUGCUUCUCGCUGGACUGAAAGAGAUCUCAAAGCACGUACAUGGCCAUAUCAAGUCGCAGCAACCCAUGGUGAUACGAGCGAUGAUGAUGACGAAGAUCACAGCACCGACCAAUUUCGCUUCGCUAACAUUAUAUUGACUCCUCCUGAGGAAGAAGUCGUACCCUUUCCAGUUCAACCACGCCAGUCACAUCCAAACCCUUCCUCUCCCACGGGAGAAAAUAAGCCAACCUUAUCAAAUGCUUCUCCACCAUCAGUAUCGCUCCCCAAAGAUGCCGCCGCUCCUCAUAAUUCAUCCAAAAAUAGAUCUGGCGACACAAUGGAAAAAAAGGUUAGGAAUGCAUCUAUGGAUUCAAACCCAGACGUCCAUCAGCAAAAGCCAAGCAGUGCCUGUGGCUCAACCAGUGACUAUCAAACCCCUCGUUCCAGUCUUGAUUCCCUACUGCCCCCACCAUCGCCAAAAUCUGCUGCUCAGCAGUUCAGUACUUGGCCGAGAGAUACCUCCACCAGUGAUUCUUUUCCCGCUGCAAUUAACUGCGCUGCUUCGUUUACCUUUUUGCCGCCUGGUGGACGUUGGAGGCCUGGGCGAGACUAUAAGCAUGCCUAUUUGGUCAAUGACUGUGGAGGUCCUCGUGGUACGUAAUAUUUGAUUACAACAUUUUAGGAUCAAAAUAUUCUUUUGAUACUGAUCUUUGGUUGAUGUAGAUGAUACGGUUGAUGUACUACGUGCCAAAUUAGCCCAAGCACAAGAAACGAUUAUACAGCUGCAGCAUAUCAUCUCUAACAUUGAAAAGAAGCAUUUACCUUCUUCACCAGACGUUAGUGAUGAUGACAUGGGUCCCCUCCGCCGACGACGAU